AUGUUGAAAAGCAAGAUCCCUCCUAAGUUAAAAGAUCCUGGCAGUUUCACGAUUCCGUGUUCUAUUGGAGGUAGAGAUGUUGGAAGAGCAUUAUGCGAUUUGGGCGCUAGCAUUAACCUUAUGCCUAUGUCAAUCUUUAAAAAGUUGGGUAUUGGUGAAGCACGACCCACGACUGUUACAUUACAGCUUGCCGACAGAUCCAUGGCUCAUCCAGAGGGCAAAAUCGAGGAUGUUCUAGUCCAAGUUGAUAAGUUUAUCUUUCCGCCCGACUUCAUCAUUCUAGACUAUGAAGCGGAUAGAGAAGUGCCUAUAAUAUUGGGUCGGCCCUUUCUUGCUACAGGGCGUACUCUCAUUGAUGUACAGAACGGAGAACUUACUAUGCGGGUGAAUGACCAACAAGUCACUUUUAGUGUAUUCAAAGCCAUGAAGUUUCCGGAUGAAGUUGAAGAAUGCUCUAGAGUUGAUGUUAUUGACACUUUAGUGGCUGAAAGAAUCAGUAGAAGUGUGGAAAAAGCUGCUAUGGGGACCCAGAUUUUUGUAGAUGAGGAGGAUUAUAGUAGUGAGGAAGAGCAGAUUAUUACAUGGGUGGAUUCUUAUCAACCAGUAAAGAAAUUCAAUAAAGUCUUUGAAGCUCUAAAUCUGCCAGAAAAGCACUUCCAGCCACCCAAACCAUCUGUUGAAGAACCACCCCAGCUGGAGUUAAAGCGACUGCCAAGUCAUUUAAAGUAUGUGUACUUGGGCGACAAUGAUACUUUGCUGAGGAGUCAUUGCUGA